UCUGUUUCAAAAUUAAGUUAACUUGUUACUAAUGUUAUCUGAGUAAAUCAAGUGACUCAUCAUGUGUGAAGUAGAUUAUAUUUAUUUAUUUUACUUUGUAACAGAGUUAGAUGGGAGGAUCAACACUCAUAUUUAUCAGUUAACAAGGCCACAACCAGCACCUAUUAGCUCAGGCUUACCUCUGACCUGAUAACAGUGGUGUUUGACUAGUCAGACUUACGUUGAUGUAAGGACAAACCAUGUCCACGCCUGCAUUCAUUUCAGGAAGUUGUGCAGUUAUGUCACAAGGAGUACUACACAAGAAAUAGACGUCUUUCGAGUGCAUGAUCCAGACAUAAUCCCUGUUUUGAAAAAUAUCUACUGAGCAGGAUGGAGGUGCCUCCUCGACCGACACUGUUUGACUUCCAUGGAGUCUCCAUGACCAAAUACUUCACCGACAAUUGGGACAACGUCCAAAACUUCAAAGCGAGACCAGAUGAUAUUCUUAUAGCUACUUUUCCUAAAGCAGGGACCACGUGGGUCUCGUACAUCCUGGACCUUUUGUAUUUUGGGCAGACGUGUCCAGAGCGUCAGACAUCCAUCCCCAUUCAUAUGAGAGUGCCCUUCCUGGAGAUCUACUUACCGUCUCUACCUGCAGGCAAAGAGCUUGCAGACCAGCUUCCCACCACUCCUCGCCUUAUUAAGACCCAUCUGCCAGUCCAGUUUGUGCCUAAGUCCUUCUGGGAGCAGAACUGCAGGAUAGUCUAUGUUGCCCGUAAUGCAAAGGACAACGCAGUGUCCUAUUUCCACUUUGACCGCAUGAACAAUGUCCAGCCAGAACCAGGAGACUGGAGCACCUUUCUGCAGAAAUUCAUGGAGGGAAAGAUGGUGUUUGGAUCCUGGUAUGACCAUGUGAAUGGCUGGUGGGAGAAGAAACAGACACAUUCAAAAAUUCACUACAUGUUCUAUGAAGAUCUGAUUGAGGACUCCGGACGAGAGAUAGACCGACUCUGUUCCUUCCUUUGUUUGUCUCCUUCAGCCGAGGAGAAGGAAAGAGUCAUAACUGGAGUGAUGUUUGACAACAUGAAACAAAAUAAAAUGGCCAACUAUUCCACCGUCUACAUCAUGGAUCACAAGGUGUCUCCUUUCAUGAGAAAAGGAAAGGUUGGUGACUGGAAGAACCAUUUCACUGUGACCCAGAAUGAGCAGUUUGAUGAAGACUACAGGCAGAAAAUGAAGAAUCCCACACUGAAGUUUCGUACUGAGGUGUAGAGGUCCGGCCGGUCAGGUAUAAGUGACAAAGAUGAUGUCUGAUCAGUGCAUUUCUCCUCAUAGUGAAGUAGACUGAUGUUAUAAACUGAUCAAAAAUGAUCAAAGCUGGAUAAAUGUCAGACUUGUAUAUGUUUUAGCCAUGUUGAAUCUCCUUUGUCUCUCUUUGGGAAUCUGGAUUAUGUCACUGGUUUGUGGAAAUUCAUUAGAUGUAAGUGUAUUGGCUUUAUUUACAUUUAGCAGUGUAUGUUUAAGACCUGAAAAACACUUUUUUUUUAAAUUAUCGAUUGAUCGAUCUUUGGUCUAUUAAAAUACAAAUCAAAACAACAUGAAAGAAAACAAAAGAGACUAUGCAUAGCAGUACUGAUGUAAACAUGUUGUUGCAAACAUAAUAUAUCCUCCUUAAUUAUGCACAAUUUUAACCGAAAAGGUGUAGGCUGAAGCCAAAGAUUAUAACACCUACUCUUAUGAUCACCCUCAACUGUUUAACCUACUAUGACACAAUCUGGAUCAGAACAAUAUGUACAUUUACCAAAACUUUGUCAGACACGUGGAUACGGUCAGUAAUACCACAUCACUAAUUGUCAUUUAUCAAACAGAUUAUAAUGGGGUAUCAAAUGUGUAUUUUAUAUUAAUCAUCAAACAGUAUUUUAAAUGUAUGAACUGUACUACACAUUUGAAUUCUUCCUCAAGAUUGUUUUUUUUUAUAUUCAACCUUGCUGAAGCUCAUAUUUGCUGUCUUUUUAAAAACAUGUUUAGAAAAGUACAUUAGAACACACUUUGUAUAUUAGUUGUGCAAUCUUGUAACCAACUAAAUUAUAAAAUUGUUAUAUCUGCAGUUUUGUGAACAGGCCAUUUGUUGGUUCUUUAUCAUCCAGUUUAAUUAUAAUCCUUAUGGUUCUGUUUUGUUAAAUGAAAGCCAUAGGUGACGGGUGGAACCAGAAGUGAGCAAUAUAAAACAAGCAACACUUGUAGAUUUAACAGAUCCUUAGUCUUAUAUGGUAUUGACAUGAUUAAUAUGCAUAUUCCAACUUAAUUUAGCCUAUGUAUAACACCCAGAACUUUUAUUUCAUACAACCUCUCCAUAUAACCACUGUAUUUGUCAAACAAUUUCCAAAAAUUAUUGUUUUGCUUGCGUCAAAGGAUGACUUGUUUUAUUACUGUCAAAAUGUCGUUUAAAUUCAGCACAUCAUGAAAAAUUAAAAAAUUUCUCACUUUU